UUUUGAGACGGAGUCUUGCUCUCUUGCCCAGGCUGGAGUGCAGUGGUGUGAUCUCAGCUGACUACAACCUCCACCUCCUGGGAUCAAGCAGUUCUCCUGCCUCAGCCUCCCAAAUAGCGGGGAUUACAGGUGCCUGCCACUGCGCCCAGCUAAUUUUUGUAUUUUUAGUAGAGAUGGGGUUUCACCAUUUUGGUCAGGCUGGUCUCGAACUCCUGACCUUGUGAUCCACCUGCCUCGGCCUCCCAAAAGUGCUUGGAUUAUAGGCAUGAGCCACCGUGCCCAGCUAGCUUUAAUUUUUUAAGAGAGCUAGUCAGCUGUUCAGGGCAGUGAUUUCCGAAUUCUUGGGGUGCCUAAAGCCCGUUCCCUCCACGCAAAUCCCAGUGUCAAGGCCUGCUAUUUACAGAGGGGAAUACGUUUUGCUCACAUCUGUUGGGCCAAGAAAUAGUUUCUAACCACUCAUCCAAGGAUUUCUCCUUAGCCUCAUAAAAUCCACCUGGAGUCAGCCACCCAUCUAGGGAUUCCAGGGUUGUUACUUGAAUGAGAAAAGGGAGAAUCUUCUCAGAGAAAACAGAAUUCUUCACUUUUGUGUCAUUAGUGUCUGAUCUUCAGAUUAUCUUCUCAUUUUAUUUUAUUUUUUUAUUUGAGAUGGAGUCUCACUCUGUCAUCCAGGCUGGAGUGCUGUGGCAUGAUCUUGGCUCACUGUAACCUCUGCCUCCUGGGUUCAAGCCAUUCUCCUUCCUCAGCCUCCUGAGUAGCUGGGAUUACAGGCGUGUGCCACUACACUCAGCUACUUUUUGUAUUUUUAGAGACAGGGUGUUGCCAUGUUGACCAGGUCUCAAACUCCUGACCUCAGGUGAUCUCAGGCUCCCGGCCUGUCUUUUCAUUUUAAAAUCAGAGUCAGAUUUUACAGUUUUGCUUUGGUAAAUUUACUUUGAUGGACCGUAGAUCAUCCUGGUGAAAGGAACCCCUGGAUUUAGCCCUAUCGUGACUGCAUUCUGGCAUUAUUGAAAGCUGGAGAAUACAAGGCUAAGGGUCAUCUCUUUUCAUUUGAAACUGUUUAAAGUGAGAAAAGAGUGUGGCCCUUUAAAAAGUCAAAUUCUCAGGGUGCCCCUGACUGUAAAGGCUCCUAGAGUUCUCCCGACUGGGACCAGAGAAGGCCUGCCUGGCAGUUCCUGAUGCUGCUGAUAGGGGGCAGAUAUCCCCAGGGAACCUUCUUUCAAGCCAAACGUUUGACCCCUAGUUUUGUUUGGUAGAGAAGGUGGCACAAUGGCUUUUAAUCCCACUCAAUAUUAUAAAAUGGUUCCAUUUGCACUACUCAGGAAGUAGUUUGUCACUCUGAACUUAGGGGUCACAGAUGUUCUCUGUGCUUGAAAGUGCUAGUGGCAGUGACACCUCAGUGGAGUGACUGGAGUUGACAGGGUUUGUUUAACCCUUAGGGCACCUCAUCAAGUAGAGGAAUUAGGCAAGUGUGUCAAGUAAGAAGGGGAGCUGGGAGAGUUGUGGAAGUGUUUUUCUUUGGUGUAGGCUAUUUUUCACUUACAUAUUUAUUAAUUAGUUUGUUCCAGCGACAGACACUUAAAAAACUGAAUUCACAAACGAUCUAAGGGAAUUCAGUUUAAGCGCUUUGUAGGCAUAAUGUAUGUCAUGUUUGGCUAAUUUAUUCCAUAUGAUUGUGAUCCCUGAGAGACAAGCCUGUGGUAUGCUGAUGAGCCAUGGUUAACACAAUUUUGUCUUACUCAAUGUUGUCAGGAUUUUAGGGAAGACCUUCACACAGAUUUCUCUGUAUCUGUGUGAUGAUCGUUUUCCUGCUUUUCCUUUCUGUCCCAUCUUCACUCCUCCACAGUCAUGUUAACGCUAGGAUAGUCAUGCCAGUGUGCCCUUGAGUAACUCCAAGUCUCUUAGACAGCUGCCCUUGUUGAUUUCAGCCUUGGGAGUCACCUUUCUGUAUCUUUUCCCAUUCCUUCUUCCUCCUUUCUCAACCAUCAUUUCCUCCUCUCCACUGGAUUCUGCUCACAGGGCUUGUGAUCUCCCAGACCAUUCAGCAGCUGAAGGAAUUCACCAGCCAAGGGGAAGAUCCCACAGUGGGGGUACUUACCCCUUCCAGACUUCCUGAGGAAAGCUAGUUACCUUCCGUGUGGCAGGAGUACAUGUUAUAUUAGUUUGGCCUUGUGACUGUUAGCGGGGGAAGUCUGAGGGAACUGGAGAAGAGAUGCCAUUUCAACAGAGGAAAAACAUUUAGUAGAGACUGUCCCUUCUGCCUUCUCUGGGCGUGUCCCUCUUCUGGGCAUCUCUUCAGGAUUUCAUUCCUCCGUCCAACUGCCGUUCACAACUGCCCUUUCCAACUGCUCCAGAACUCUUGGCCCUGGCAUUCCGUGAUGUAAAUUAUGCCACGCAUGGUUCAAAAUGGGCAUGAAGUGGUGUUGCCAGGUGUCGGAUCACUAGUUUGUCAUGGAUGAUGAUGAUGACUCGUGUCUCCUUGAUCUUAUUGGAGACCCACAAGCAUUGAACUAUUUUCUACAUGGACCUAGUAAUAAAUCUAGCAAUGAUGACUUGACUAAUGCAGGAUAUUCUGCAGCCAAUUCAAAUUCAAUUUUUGCCAACUCUAGUAAUGCUGAUCCUAAGUCAGCCCUCAAAGGUGUAAGCAACCAGCUUGGAGAAGGGCCCAGUGAUGGACUGCCACUUUCAAGUAGCCUUCAGUUUCUUGAAGAUGAACUUGAGUCUUCUCCUCUUCCUGAUCUCACUGAGGACCAACCUUUCGACAUUCUUCAGAAAUCCUUGCAAGAGGCCAAUAUCACUGAACAGACGUUGGCAGAAGAGGCAUAUUUGGAUGCCAGUAUAGGUUCAAGCCAACAGUUUGCACAAGCUCAGCUUCAUCCUUCUUCAUCAGCAUCCUUUACUCAGGCUUCUAAUGUUUCUAAUUACUCAGGUCAGACGCUGCAGCCUAUAGGGGUGACGCAUGUGCCUGUUGGAGCAUCGUUUGCAAGCAAUACAGUGGGUGUACAACAUGGUUUUAUGCAACAUGUGGGGAUCAGUGUUCCCAGCCAGCAUUUGUCUAACAGCAGUCAGAUUAGUGGUUCUGGUCAAAUACAAUUAAUUGGGUCAUUUGGUAAUCAUCCUUCCAUGAUGACUAUUAAUAACCUAGAUGGAUCUCAAAUCAUAUUAAAGGGCAGCGGGCAGCAAACCCCAUCAAAUGUGAGUGGAGGGCUCCUGGUUCAUAGACAGACACCUAAUGGCAACUCCUUGUUUGGGAACUCCAGUUCCAGUCCAGUAGCACAGCCUGUUACAGUUCCAUUUAACAGCACAAAUUUUCAAACAUCUUUACCUGUGCAUAACAUCAUCAUACAAAGGGGUCUUGCACCAAAUUCAAAUAAAGUCCCAAUUAAUAUACAGCCAAAGCCUAUCCAGAUGGGUCAGCAAAAUACAUACAAUGUGAACAAUUUGGGAAUUCCGCAGCACCAUGUCCAACAAGGGAUCUCUUUUGCUUCUGCAAGCUCACCCCAGGGCUCAGUAGUUGGGCCACACAUGUCUGUGAACAUUGUAAACCAACAGAACACAAGAAAGCCAGUCACCUCACAGGCUGUGAGCAGCGCUGGGGGCAGUAUUGUUAUUCAUUCCCCCAUGGGCCAGCCUCACGCACCCCAAAGUCAGUUCCUCAUACCUACAAGCCUUUCUGUCAGUUCCAACUCGGUACACCACGUCCAGACUAUAAAUGGGCAACUUCUUCAGACUCAACCGUCUCAGCUCAUUUCUGGCCAAGUGGCCUCAGAGCAUGUCAUGUUGAACAGAAACUCUUCCAACAUGCUCAGGACCAACCAACCAUAUUCUGGACAGAUGCUUAACAACCAGAAUACUGCCGUCCAGUUAGUGUCUGGGCAGACCUUUGCCGCCUCUGGAAGUCCAGUGAUAGCCAAUCAUGCCUCUCCUCAGCUUGUGGGUGGACAGAUGCCCUUGCAGCAGGCGUCCCCAACCGUAUUACACCUGUCACCCGGGCAGAGCAGCGUUUCCCAAGGAAGACCUGGCUUCACCACCAUGCCCUCAGUGACAAGUAUGUCAGGACCUAGUCGGUUCCCUGCUGUCAGCUCAGCCAGCACUGCCCAUCCUAGUCUUGGGUCUGCAGUUCAGUCUGGUUCAUCAGGAUCAAACUUUACAGGAGAUCAGCUGACCCAGCCAAACAGGACUCCAGUACCAGUCAGUGUGUCUCAUCGUCUUCCAGUUUCUUCUUCCAAGUCUACCAGCACCUUCAGUAACACACCUGGAGCAGGAACCCAGCAACAAUUCUUCUGCCAGGCUCAGAAAAAAUGUCUGAAUCAGACUUCCCCCAUUUCUGCUCCCAAGACCACAGACGGCCUGAGGCAAGCACAGAUCUCUGGGCUCUUGAGCACCGCACUGCCAGGACAGGAUUCUGGAAGCAAAGUUAUGUCGGCGUCCUUAGGAACCGUACCACCACAGCAGGAAAAAGUAGUUGGAUCAUCUCCUGGCCAUCCAGCUGUGCAGGUGGAUAGUCAUUCGGGAGGACAAAAAAGGCCUGCUGCAAAACAGCUAACUAAAGGAGCUUUCAUUCUCCAGCAGUUGCAGAGGGACCAAGCCCACACUGUGACACCGGACAAAAGUCACUUCCGAUCACUAAGUGAUGCGGUACAGAGACUGCUCUCCUACCACGUGUGCCAGGGCUCCAUGCCCACUGAGGAAGACUUGAGGAAAGUGGACAAUGAAUUUGAAACAGUUGCCACUCAGCUCCUAAAAAGGACCCAAGCUAUGCUUAACAAAUACAGAUGCCUGCUCCUAGAAGAUGCCAUGCGAAUCAAUCCCUCUGCUGAGAUGGUGAUGAUUGACAGGAUGUUCAACCAGGAGGAAAGAGCUUCCCUAUCCCGAGACAAGCGCCUGGCACUUGUAGACCCUGAGGGUUUUCAGGCUGAUUUCUGUUGUUCCUUCAAACUUGAUAAAGCUGCUCAUGAGACACAGUUUGGCCGCAACGACCAGCAUGGCAGUAAAGCUAGCAGCUCUCCACAUCCACCGGCCAAGGCCCAAGGCAGAGACCGAGCCAAAACCAGUGUGACAGAACCCAUGAAUCAUGACCAGUUUCAUCUAGUGCCUAAUCACAUCGUGGUCUCUGCAGAAGGAAACAUUUCUAAAAAAACAGAAUGCCUUGGCAGAGCACUGAAAUUUGACAAAGUGGGCUUAGUUCAGUGCCAGAGCAUGUCUGAAGAGAAGGCCAGCCGGAGAGAGCCUUUGAAGGCCAGUGAGUGCUCUCCCGGCCCCGAAGGGCACCCGAAAACCUCAUCCAGGUCGGAUCACGGUACUGAGAGCAAACUCUCAAGCAUCCUAGCGGAUUCACACUUGGAGAUGACGUGUAAUAAUUCCUUCCAGGACAAAAGUCUGAGGAAUUCUCCAAAGAAUGAAGUUUUACACACAGACAUCAUGAAAGGGUCAGGUGAGCCCCAGCCAGAUCUCCAGCUGACAAAGAGUUUAGAAAACACAUUUAAGAACAUCUUGGAACUCAAAAAGGCGGGACGGCAGCCCCAGAGUGACCCCACGGUUAGCGGCUCUGUUGAGUUAGAUUUCCCCAACUUUUCUCCUAUGGCUUCACAGGAAAACUGCCUGGAAAAAUUCAUCCCGGACCACAGUGAAGGUGUUGUAGAAACUGACUCCAUUUUAGAAGCAGCUGUAAAUAGUAUCCUAGAGUGUUAAUAGCCGCAGUCCUCCCCUGACCCGCCCCAGACCCCACCCCGGACUAGUUACAUUCUUUCCUGGCAAAAGCAAAUGGAAAUGGUCUCCUGUCUCCAGCCUGCUUGAUCUUUCAUCACAGGUUAUUCUUUCUAAUCUCAAUCCUGUUCUUUGUUUAAGAGCAAUACUUGUCGUGAUUACAGGGAGAUCCUUUAGUAAAAUUAAUCCUUGUUAGAAAGCAGUCUGAUAGGCCCCACUCAUUUCAAGUGUUAUGAAAGUGCAUAUAGUCAUUUUGUUUAUUUGUUUUAUUUUUUAAAAACACUGUAACUCCAUGAGACCACAGUAUACUUGGCCCUGCAUAAAAUUUUGACAAUCAUAAGUCAUUUGAAAAGAACAGACUUAACUAAAAUCAAAUGAGACAGAUAGAAGCUACUUUUUAAAGAAUAUCCCACUGCAUCUCCAAAUUUAGUUUUGGAGGUUUUUUUUAAUUAUUUUGAGUUUUGUGUGUAUGUUUUAUUGUUAUUGAGGGGAAGGCCACAUUAUUCUUCCCCCUCAGCCAUCCUUGAGCAGUAAAUUGCUGGCUGCGCUGCCAGGGACCCGCAGCCCUGGUGGGAAAGCCAGUAGCACAUAGCAGGGCAUUGCAGAGCGUCCCUGUGGAUGGUUCAAGUGGAUGGUUCAAGUGCUUUUCUGAUGCUCCUGGAGCAAAACCUCAUGCUUUUAGGCAUAUCCAUGCUGAAGUUCAUCUAGGGAAUGUUCUGUUCUUAGUUACAACAGCAGAAUUUGAAAUCAUUUCACCAGGCUAAAUAAAGGAAAAUGGAAACCACUUAAGAGGCACAGUGUACAGGGGAGGCCGGGAUAGAGCCAUGAGGGUUAUAAUAUUAAUAUGUAUAUAUGUAAAAGCAUAUAUAUGUUAACUAUUGAGAAAAAACAAGUUUUGCAUUUAUAAUUGGAUAUAGUCAACAUAUGAUGUAUGUUUUUGUUUGUUGCUGGGUUUUGUUUCAUUUAACCUCUCUUUGCACCCUCUCCCACAACUAAUAACCAAGCAUCAAAAGCACCUUCAUUUGAAAAUUAUGUUGUAAUUUUUCAGUUUAAACUUUAAGGGGACUUUGGCCUUGUUUUUAUGCUUCUUGUCUGAGAACAGUAGUCACCCCGGCAGCAAUUCAUUACCAAAACACAGACAAACCAAAGGUAACCAGCUAGCCCACCACUAAAAGGAACUAUCUGAGACAUGAGAUUCUCAUUUGAGAGCCAAAGGAUACGCCCUGUCACGGUUUGUGUUUGGCCCGUGCUCAUAGUAGUGAGCAUGGCUUAUUGCUUUAUUUAUUUUUCUUUCUUGUCAGGAAGUGUUCUCCAUUUUCCUUUCUUGUAUACCUGUCCCAGGUUAUCCCUUUUCUGUUGUUACCUUUAUUCUCAAUGUCAUUGUAACCGUCACUUAUCUCCUCUCAUUGGGAAAGCUACAUGGUAGUAUUUUUAUGCACUCUUCCACAUAUACACACACACGUGUCUCUGAGCUGCUCGGAUCCAGAGGUCAUUUUGGUUACCGUGUGUACACACUCACUCUCCCUCUUAGUGUGUGUACUUCCUCAUUUUUCUCCCUGGCUCUAGAGGUGCAUCCACUGGUCUCCACUUUCAUGCGUUGCCAGAGUCUGCUUCUGGCUCUUGCCAGCAUGGGGAUGACCCUCACUGUCAUCAUGUUGGGCAUUUCUUUUCCAGAUUGGCCCGUGAUGUAAAGGAAGGCUUCUGAUUAGAAAACACAGCAACAGAAGACCUGUACCCCAUGCCCUUUUGUCCCACUACACACAAAAAAAAACCCUAUGAGAUGGCCAGUCUUCAGAAUAGCAACGUACCUUCACCCCAACCACUUGCCCCAGCCAAUACAAAUUGGAAAACCUGGGCCAUUUUAGGGUUACUGGUUUUUCCUUAUUUGUGCCAAUAUCGAACUUGCAGAUUUCCCCUUUUUCCUGUAUUGUAACAUAUUAGAAAGAUAAGUUGGUGUUGCCAGUGGGUACUUUGUGUUUGGGUGGCCCUGGGAUAACACCCUGCCCUGAACUCCAUGAUUUCAUAGGCUCUUCUUCCCUUAGGCCUCAUGCUCCCCUAAUUCCUAGCAAGACUUAAAGAUGAUCCCUCCUAAUCAAAUUCUCAUUGUGAAACUUUAUACCUGUCAGCUGCUAAUGAGUUACAUUAAUUACUGCAAAUCAGUGGAAUUCUCAAGAGACAAGAUAAGCUUCAUGUACAUUUGUCACCUCUCUUUCUUCCCUAUCCUGCCCUGCUGUCCCGAUCCUAGCUUUGCUAUAUACCAUCUUAAAGGGUUUUUAAGCCCUAACGCUUGUUAGCAAAUGGAGAGCCUAAUUUACCAAAAUGAAACUUGUAAAUUUUUGUGUCUUUGUAUGUAAGUUUACUUUUUAUGGAGGAAGGAUUCUAGAUAAUGACAGAUGAAGAUUAUGAAAUGUAUUUUACUCCCGUGAUUAGGUUCUACACACAUGGAUCAUAACUCGCGUGUCGAGCCCCCUCUGGUGAAGGGUAGGAGAGCUCAGCCUCGGAUGGCCAACAUUCAGUUGUUCAGGUUCAUUAGUCAAAGUUACGUUUUAGAACUAUUUGUACUCAGUAACAAAUAACAUUUUCUUUUUUUUUUCCUGUUGUUGUGGAAAAGUGUGAAUUUGUUAUUAAGCAUUUGAUUUUCUGUGUCCUUAAGUACUUCCUAAAGAUAAAGCAAAAUUUUAAUCUGGCAAUUACAAAAAAAAUAUUUUAGCUCUGAAGGAUUUAGUAGAUUCUGUUAGAUUAGGGAGGCCUUACAGACUGACUUGACUGAAAGAGGACGCGUCACUCGCUGUCAGUGUGGUGUGGGCUUUGUUUGCUUAAAUACCUUCAUUUGUAUAGUAUGUCUCACUUGAAAUUGCUUUGUAUACAUUUUGUAAAAAUAUUUAUAAAAUGUUUUGUAAAAAAAAAAAAAGUAUAACAAAUUGCAGUUUAUUUUGUUAUGUUGGAUAAAUACUGUUAAAAGAAACCAGUCAGUAACUAUAUUGUUAAUCCAUGGUUAGGAAAUGUUUAGAUGGAGAUUACAAAAUGAAACAACCAUUGCAAUACAGCCAAAGAUUUGGGAAAA